AUGGUCUCCUUUCCUAUUCGGAUCCCCCCUGACCGGCCGAUAGAAGGAGGACAGGAACAGCGUCCAUUCCCUCGCCGCGCACCCUACUUCGAACUACCAGACCGCGAGCCGAGUCCUGAGAUACCACCACUGACUCAACGGGGUGUCGGAUCAGUUAGAUCAAUCCAAGUCGGCCAGCAGAGAAUGCGCAUCGCCACCUGGUACACGCCUCCACCGCCAUGGAAGCCGGAUGUCCGUCAUGAAAACCGUGUCGAGGAGAGAGACGAAGAAGAUAGGAAGAAAUGUUCGGUCUGGGGCGCAGUUCGUGCUUUCAUGGCCAAGUUACUUGCUUUCUGA